CAUUUCUCUCUCUCUAAAGCAAAGCAGAAUCUCUUGGAAAAGAUGGUACUGGAAACUCUGAAUCCAACACACUACAUCACUAGCCUAGUACCAGAUACGAUACCAGUGGCCACAGUGCCCAUACUCAUUCUCAUGUGCUUUCUGCUUCUAAUAUGGAAUCAUGAAGAAACUUCAUCAAUACCAGGGCCAGGAUAUUGUAUGGGAAUUGGUCCCCUCAUUUCACAUUGGAGAUUUCUUUGGAUGGGAGUAGGUAACGCCUGCAACUACUACAAUAAGACAUAUGGAGAAUUUGUGAGAGUUUGGAUCAGCGGUGAAGAAACAUUUAUAAUUAGCAAAUCCUCAAGUGUGUUCCAUGUAAUGAAACAUUGGCAUUAUGUUUCUCGAUUUGGGAGCAAGCUUGGAUUACAGUGCAUUGGCAUGUAUGAAAAUGGGAUCAUAUUUAAUAACAACCCAGCACACUGGAAAGAAAUUCGACCCUUUUUCACUAAAGCUCUGUCUGGUCCUGGUCUUGUGCGUAUGAUAGCAAUUUGCGUUGAAUCAACAAUUGAUCAUCUGGACAAACUAGAGGAAGUAACCACGGAAGUAGGAAACAUCAAUGUGUUGAAUCUUAUGAGACGGAUCAUGCUUGACACAUCUAACAAGCUUUUUCUCGGGAUACCUUUGGAUGAAAGUGCCAUUGUACUUAAGAUUCAGAACUACUUUGAUGCUUGGCAAGCACUUUUAUUAAAGCCUGACAUCUUUUUUAAGAUUUCUUGGCUGUGCAAGAAAUAUGAAGAGGCAGUCAAGGAUCUGAAAGGAGCAAUGGAAAUCUUGAUAGAACAGAAACGACAAAUGCUUUCCACUGUUGAAAAGCUGGACGAACACAUGGAUUUUGCAUCCCAGUUGAUUUUUGCACAGAACAGAGGGGAUCUAACUGCUGAGAAUGUGAACCAGUGUGUGCUGGAGAUGAUGAUCGCUGCUCCUGAUACUCUGUCUGUGACUCUCUUCUUUAUGCUAAUACUGAUUGCAGAGCACCCCACAGUGGAAGAGGAGGUGAUGAGAGAAAUUGAAACUGUUAUGGGUGACAGAGAUAUAGAGAGUGAUGACAUGCCAAACUUAAAAAUUGUGGAGAAUUUUAUUUAUGAAAGCAUGAGAUACCAGCCAGUUGUGGACUUGAUCAUGCGAAAAGCUUUACAAGAUGAUGUGAUUGAUGGCUAUCCUGUGAAAAAGGGGACAAACAUUAUUCUCAAUAUUGGACGUAUGCAUAAGCUUGAAUUCUUCCCAAAGCCAAAUGAGUUUUCUCUUGAAAAUUUUGAGAAAAACGUUCCUUCACGCUACUUUCAACCAUUUGGAUUUGGCCCUCGGGGCUGCGUAGGAAAGUUUAUUGCCAUGGUAAUGAUGAAAGCAAUUCUGGUGACUCUCCUGAGACGGUGCAGAGUACAGACAACGAAAGGAAGAGGCCUUAACAACAUCCAGAAAACCAAUGACUUAUCCAUGCACCCAAUAGAAAGGCAGCCUUUCCUGGAGAUGGUUUUCACACCAAGAAGAAACACAAACAAGAAUCAGGGUGACUAAAAUGGAUCAGCAUCAGCAUUAAAGUUACAGGGCUUUCUCAGCCACAGCCACUAAGAAAUACCUGUCAUUCCUAAGUAAAGACAAAAUAAAACAUUUUGUUGCCCCUAAAUCACUACAGCUUCAGAUGACAACAGCAGAACCAAGUUCUGGCCACAACUUCAACAUAAUAAAGUGACACUAAAAUUACAAAAUAGUCUUGUGGCUAGGUGAUGCCACACUACAUGCAGGAUUCCUGGCUACUUUUAAAACCAUCAGGUUCAGACAAAGCUAUGCUUGCUUUUCAAACAGUGCUAGUUCAAGAGGUUUGGGGGUCAACAAAAGAAUUUGCCUGAUGUAUGUUUAAUUCCAGGACUAUGUUUGUCCCCUUUCCCCCCCGACCUCCCUGAAGUUGGACCUAGCAGUAUUUAACUACUGUAAAAUCUCUAAUUAUCUGUUUUUAAAAACAUCUGAAUGAAUAAUAUUGAAGUUGAUUUUUAAGACUAUGAAACAAUUUAAAAUACUUAGGAUAUAUACAAGUUAUAAAAAAAUGUUUGUACAAGAAGUCAUUCAAACACUUUUCUUUACCAUGUUUUGCUGUCAUAUUAAACAGAUACCAAGGACUUACAGUGUCAGAUUUUACUGAUGGCAGUAAUUUUCAGGGUACUAGGUAAUAUGACAGUUGAGAUAACUGUUCUAUGUUUUUAAAACCCAGCGUCCUGCUACAGAGUAUGCUACAGAGCAUCUCUGAACAUGUUAGUAAUGACUGGAUGAGAAUAAGAUAACAAAUAUGAAACAUUACCACUAGUAUUACAUGGCACAGGGGCAACACUCAGCUCCACCUCAGCUGGUUAACUGGAGGAAUUUCCUGCCUCACCUCAGUUUGGUGAAGAAGUUCAAAUUCUCCAUUAUUGCUUCUCCUGAAAGAGCACUGGUCUGUAACCUGGUCUUUAGCAUCUUGCUUUAUGCAAGUGGGCUUUAUGCCCACUGACUGAAGAGAAUCAGUAAAGUAAGAGGAGAAAUACUGGCUCAAGAGGCAGACUUUUUUUUUUUAAGGUAAAUUGGGCUUCACUCAUUUACUCAAAGUAGGAUGCAAGUUUCAUUGGGCAAAUGUUCAGAGUUUUGUAGUAGCAAAGGAGAAAAGUUCUGAAGUAUGAAGCAGAUUUCUAGAAAGCAUUCUCAAGGGUUUUUGCAUACACAGAUUUUUAUUUUAAUUAUAAAUUAGGCUUAGUUUUAUACUUUGCCCUUAACAGGAAAGCUACAUAAAUACCCAACAUUUCUUGUUGAAAAAUGGACCUAUCUUGAAAUCUGCAGAAUCCUGACAGUCAUUGAUAUCUCUACUAGUCUAAUGAUGAGUUGUUGGUUUGGUCAAGAAGAAAAAGACCUUCCUGGAUUAAUGACAACAUUCCUUGACAGAGUCUUUCCAUUUUCAGUAAGCUUGAGUUUCCAUACUAUAUAACCCAAAGAAAGGGGGUUUCCAGAUAAAGUGCCUUGAUAGAGCCAAGCAACCAAUGUAUUGGUUUAUAUUAAUCUUUUCCUUCCAAGUCACUUAACUAUUAAAAAAAAAAAAAAAAGGAAAAAUAAAAAAUUAUUUAUGUCCUUACUUAGAAAAUGUAAUUAAAAUUAGAUUAAAUAAUCUGUUCCCUCAGACCACUACUUUCAGGUGCAGGUCCGGCAAAGGAAGGUCUAUCCAGUAGCACACAAAAACUGCAUAAACCCAACCAAUAAAUAUGUGUUCCAACCAAAGUAAUUAAUUAGAUCAGGUUGGGGCUGAUGACAAAGAAGAGGAGCUGCACAUUUAGGUGAUUUCUCAAAACAGCAUGUAAAUUUUCUCAAUUAAAAAAAAAAAAGAAGAAAUCAAACUUGAAAGCAGAAUAAUUUAUUGUAGCUAGGUUACUUUUAAAGCUUUCUCCGUAGCACUUUCCUGGUACCCCAAAAAAUUACAGUAGUGAAGUGUAAUCCCAUACCACCUGUAAAUACAGACAAACUUGGGCAUUUGAAGACACAGAAAUAGGAGUUCAUGGUUAGACUUGACCAUUUUAAAGGUAUUUUCCAACCUCAAUUAUGCUAUGAUUCUAGGACCUCUAUUUUUAAAGUAAUGAAGUGACAUAGUGGUUUGAACCCACAGUGGUUUGAAACCCACUGAAGGUUCUUUUUUCUUGGGAAUAAACUACCAUCUUAUACAUACACAGUAUGCAUCUCUGAUUGUUUCACACACAAAAAAUGUUUUUAUAGUGAUAAUUUACUCUCUGAUUUUCCAUCUCAUAAUUAUAGGUCUCUCCCUGAGUGAAAUUUUUGACAAGAUUGGAAUUAAUACAUUACUUUUAUAAUUCAAAAUUUUAAAAUAAUUAUACGAAAUCAUGUA